AUGCCACUCUUGACUCGUGGUUCAGGCUGGGAUGAGUCGGGUGGUGAGGCUCGGGGAAUAAUCGGCAAAACUUCUGUCGCGGGGCUUGACAUCAUUCUUAUCAAGGAGAUCGAGGCCGAAAUGGCCCGAACCCAAAAGAACAAGGCUACCUCGUUCCAUUUGGGUCAGCUUAAGGCGAAGUUGGCAAAGCUCAAGCGAGAGCUCCUCACCCCGUCGGGAGGUGGCGGUGGCGGCGGUGGUGCUGGGUUCGACGUCGCAAGAACAGGUGUUGCCAGUAUCGGGUUCAUCGGCUUCCCCUCGGUGGGAAAGAGUACGCUGAUGAGCAAACUCACCGGCCAGCAUUCCGAAGCUGCUGCUUACGAGUUCACAACUUUGACGUCGGUCCCGGGUCAAGUCACAUACAACGGAGCUCCGUUGCAGAUCAUUGAUCUUCCCGGUAUUAUUGAGGGUGCCAAGGAUGGACGAGGAAGAGGUCGUCAGGUCAUUGCUGUCGCCAAGACGUGCCAUCUCAUUUUCAUCGUCCUCGACGUCAACAAGCCACUCACGGACAAGAGGGUGAUUGAGACCGAGUUGGAAGGUUUCGGUAUCCGAAUCAACAAGCAGCCGCCUAAUAUCACGUUCAAGAAGAAGGACAAGGGUGGCUUGAACAUCACCAGCACUGUGCCGUUGUCACACAUCGACCACGACGAAAUUAAGGCCGUGAUGAACGAAUACCGUAUCAACUCAGCCGAUAUUGCGAUCAGGUGCGAUGCCACAAUCGACGACCUCAUCGAUGUUUUGGAAGCAAAGAGCCGCAGUUAUAUCCCCGUCAUCUACGUCCUCAACAAGAUUGACGCCAUCAGUAUCGAGGAGCUCGAUCUGCUCUACAGGAUCCCGAAUGCUGUUCCCAUUAGCUCAGAACACGGCUGGAACAUUGACGAGUUGAUGGAAGCUAUGUGGGAUAAACUGAACCUGGUUCGCGUUUACACUAAGCCUAAGGGAAAGAUGCCGGACUACUCGGCACCUGUCGUGCUUCGAAGCACGCGCUGCACAGUCGAAGAUUUUUGUAACGCAAUCCAUCGGACAAUCGUCGAGCAGUUCAAGACGGCCAUCGUCUAUGGUAAAUCUGUGAAGCACCAACCGCAGCGUGUGGGUCUCGGCCAUGAAUUGGCAGAUGAAGAUAUCGGUACUGUACCCAUAAAUGCACCUAGUCCGCCCGGGUGCUUCCCCGCAAAGACAGCUCGCUAA